CGCGCCUGCGCGGCCGCAGGGGCGGGCUGGUGCGCAUGCGCAGGCGCGAUUGUGUGAAGCCUGCCGCUGCCGCAGCGAGUCCUGCGCAGAGCGGAGCGGCCGCCGGCGAUGUCUGACGCUUCGGUCUGAGGAGCCGUCAGCGACGCGAUGGAGCGAGCAAGGGAUCGCUUACACCUGAGACGGACUACAGAACAGCACGUACCAGAGGUGGAGGUCCAAGUCAAACGCAGAAGGACUGCCUCACUGAGCAACCAAGAGUGUCAGUUGUACCCAAGACGUUCUCAGCAGCAGCAAGUACCUGUGGUGGAUUUCCAGGCUGAACUGAGGCAGGCAUUCUUAGCUGAGACACCAAGAGGUGGUUAAAGCCAUAUUGGAAUAGCGAGGAAUCUGAUUCCAAGCAAAAACCAGGCUCCAUCUGCUCUUUGAAGCUUCUGCCCAGCUUGCAUUGUUUCUAGGAGAACCUGCGUCAUACCUUUAUCUAGAGCCUUCCCCUAGGUCUUCAGAACCAUCAAGUUUUAACUGUGGACAUUGGAUUUGGUGGAACAGCAAUCAUGACUGUGGGCAAGAGUAGCAAGAUGCUGCAGCACAUUGACUAUAGAAUGAGAUGCAUCCUACAAGAUGGCCGAAUCUUCAUUGGCACCUUUAAGGCUUUUGACAAGCAUAUGAAUUUGAUCCUUUGUGAUUGUGAUGAGUUCAGAAAGAUCAAGCCAAAGAAUGCGAAGCAACCAGAGCGUGAAGAAAAGCGGGUUUUGGGUCUGGUGCUGCUACGUGGGGAGAACCUGGUAUCCAUGACUGUGGAAGGGCCGCCCCCCAAAGAUACUGGCAUUGCUCGGGUACCACUUGCUGGAGCUGCAGGAGGCCCUGGGGUUGGUAGGGCAGCUGGUCGAGGAGUACCAGCUGGUGUGCCAAUUCCCCAGGCCCCUGCCGGAUUAGCAGGCCCUGUCCGAGGAGUUGGAGGCCCGUCCCAGCAGGUAAUGACUCCACAGGGAAGAGGCACUGUAGCAGCUGCUGCUGUUGCUGCGACUGCCAGCAUUGCAGGAGCCCCAACACAGUAUCCACCAGGACGGGGGACUCCGCCCCCACCUGUCGGGAGAGCAACCCCACCUCCAGGCAUUAUGGCUCCACCACCUGGUAUGAGACCACCCAUGGGCCCACCAAUUGGGCUUCCCCCUGCUCGAGGGACGCCAAUAGGUAUGCCCCCUCCGGGAAUGAGACCCCCUCCACCAGGCAUUAGAGGUCCACCUCCCCCAGGAAUGCGUCCACCAAGACCCUAGCAUACUGUUGAUCCAUCUCAGUCUCUCUCUCCCCUGCAAUGCGUCUUCUGAAAUUGUGUAGAGUGUUUGUGAGCUUUUUGUCCCCUUGUUCUGCAUUAAUAAUAGCUAAUAAUAAAUGCAUAGAGCAAUUAAA